GAACCAAGUAAAAAUCUUUCAAAUACUUUGAACUCUUCAAUGCAAUUCAACUCUUUUGUGUUGCUUAUCAGUAAAGUGAGUCUAUUUCUUUGAAACUUCCUCUCCGCUUUCUUCAAUCUUUAUCUAAUACCAACAAAUCUUAACUCUUAAGUAUCAAACUCAUUGCCUUUGAAGAACCAAUUUUUAAAUCUCAUUUUCAAUCAUAUACCCAUUUCUCAAUUACUCAUUAAUACGAUAGAUAUGGAGAACAGCCAUAAUCAACAACAAUCUUUCUGGCAGUUUAGUGAUCAACUCAGGGUUCAGUCAUCAAACUUUGCUAAUCUAUCUAUAAAUGAUAAUAUUUGGGGGAAUUCAUCAUCAUUUGCUUCAAAAAGGCCUGAAGAAAGAAGGAAUUUUGAUAUUAGAGUUGGUGGUGAAAGGGUUUUAUCUAAUCAAAAUAUUAACAAUAAUAAUUAUUAUUACUUGAAGCCAAAAGGAUCAGAUUUUAAUGGGGUUAAUGAAGGUUGGAAGUUUGGGAAUAAUAACCCUUUUGGUGGAGUUGUUGGAGGAAAUCAGAAGAAUUUGAAUGUUAAUGGGUUUUACCCAAAAACUGGAAUCAAUUACAGUAACGACAUCAACAAGAUCAGCAAGAGUAAGGAAGAGGACUUGGUGAGUAAGACUGGGAAGAAAAUUCAUAACAACAACAACAACAACAAAAAUAAAGAUGAGAGUAAUAAAAACAGUGUUGAUAAGAGGUUCAAAACUCUUCCAGCAACUGAAUCUCUUCCCAGAAAUGAAACUGUUGGUGGGUAUAUCUUUGUCUGUAACAAUGAUACCAUGGAAGAAAACCUCAAAAGACAACUCUUUGGACUUCCACCAAGAUACAGAGAUUCAGUGAGAGCAAUAACACCAGGGUUACCCCUUUUUCUUUACAACUACUCCACUCAUCAACUCCAUGGAAUUUUUGAGGCGGCAAGUUUUGGAGGGGCGAACAUUGAUCCAUCAGCGUGGGAGGAUAAGAAAUGUCCGGGUGAAUCCCGUUUUCCAGCUCAGGUACGAGUAGUUACGCGCAAAAUCUGUGAGCCAUUAGAGGAGGACUCAUUCAGGCCCGUACUGCACCACUAUGACGGACCCAAGUUCAGGCUAGAACUGAACAUACCAGAGGCACUUGCCCUUUUGGAUAUAUAUUCAGACGAGAGCUCAUUGAAGGAGAUCCUUUCUUGAAGAGAAAAGGAGUAAUUUUAUAUAUGAAAAGAUGAAGGGAAAUUAGAUAGGUAAGAAAAUGAGACAUCACACACAUACAAAAGAGAAAAAGAGAAGAUUAGAGAAUACAAAUGACGUACUAAUAAUACUAAAUAAAAAAUUUGUUGUUUUUGGAGUUUCAAAAGAAACUCAAUGGAGGGGGAAAAGUUCACCCCACCAUUGUUUCUACAGAUGUGUUCGUUUGAUUUCAGACAUUGCUUGUCGUGUUUAUAUUUUGUGUGUUUAAAUCUUUUAAUUAUGUAAUGUGGCUGGUUAUGUAUAUCGUUCGAGUUUCUGGGUAUAUUAUAAGAACCACAAAGAAAAGCUAUUUCCAUAUGCCUACGAGAUUGGAAGUUGAUUGUAAAGAUAAUUCUUUUUUGUCCUGUA